AGCCAACAACAUAACAUAACCUCGAAACUCAUUAGAACUGUCACGAAUCUUGCAAAAAAUAAAUAAACGAGCAUUUGGUGUUAAUUCAAUCAAAAUAAUAGGUAAACGACAUGGGUUGUGAUGGUGGAACUAUUCCUAGAAGGGAUGAACUUGUGAAGACAAAGCAAAAACCAGAACAGAAAGACAAGGAUUCUGAGCUCAUAUUCCAAUGGAGAUGCUGUGCAUUAACUCAAGAACCAUUACAGUCUCCUAUAGUAAUGUGUGGUCUCGGAAAGUUAUAUAAUAAAGUUUCCUUGAUUGAAGCAUUGCUGAAUAAAUCUUCAAUGCCGGUAGAAAUUAGUCAUAUUAAAAAUCUUAAAGAUAUCAAGGAAUUGAAUUUAACUCCUAAUCCUUCUUACAAAGAGGAAGAGGUUAAAGAAAAAAGCUCAACCAUUGGCCCUUCUCCAUUUAUAUGCCCUGUCAUCGGUCUAGAAAUGACUGGAAAAUUCAGAUUUGUAUCAAUAUGGUCUUGUGGCUGUGUGUUUUCUGAAAGAGCAUUGAAACAAAUUGACAUCAAGAUAUGCCAUAAGUGCCAGCAACCAUUUGAACCUGAUGAUGUGGUUAUUUUGAAUGGUAACGAGGAAGAUCUUGUUGUGAUGAAAGAGAGAUUGGCUAAAAGACAAGCUCAGCAGAAGAAGAAAAAAGAGAAGAAAGUUAAAACAGAGCCUGAAGAUGUCCCUGGACCAAGUACUUCAUCAAGCACCUCUGUGAAAAAUGAGAAAGAUAAAAAAUCUGGCCCCAAACUUGACAAAACCGCUCCAAAUAUGUCUUUGAAUCUGAAGAAACGACCUGGGAAACUACAAGAAUCUACUGUGGACACAAAGAAAAUGAAGUCUGACUAUAGUGUUGCGAAAGAUCCUCAAGCUUCUGAUGUUUAUAAGUCUCUCUUCACUUCUCAUAAGUCAGAGAAAGAACAAAAUAGAGCCCAUUGGGUAACUUACAAUCCGUUCUAUAAUUGAAAGUACUUUCAAUUUGUUGUUAAUCUUGAAUUGUUUGUGAAUCACAUGAAAUGUUCUUUCAUUGAAAAUUAUUUAAAGUUUUUUGUUGUGAAACAUAUCAAAUAGUUGACUGCUGAAAUUUUUUAUUAUAUUGACAAUGUAAAUAAAAUUUCAGUUUGAAACUA